AACUCAUUAGACUCCUCUUGAAUGUCUUCCUCUGGCGUAAAAUUUGGCUGGAUUUAUAGGCAUUUAUUUCAACCCAUGUACCUGUAUAAAUAAAGUUGUCUUUUGGAACAAAAUUAGAUCCUAACAAAGAGAUCAAGACGAUGCCCGGCAUGAAAGGCAUAUCGCUGACUAUAAUGUUUUUAGUGUAUAUAAAGACUUGUGGCUCCCAAAAUUUGAACGUGAGAAUAAUCUUAUCAUUCAAGGACUGAACCCAAAUGACGGAACGGUAAGAGCCCUCCAGGUAAAGGCCAGUGAUCACGUUGGCACGGAUGAAGAGAAGGCCAUCGCCGCGGCAUAUGGUAACACGUUUUGUAUUCCAUUAGGAUCCAUGUUUGAGCGCACGAGGCAUCUCCCAUUUUAUCAAGCGGGGAUUCACGAUAGGCUGCAGUUUGUGAUUCACUUAGCUUCAUAUAGUGAAGUUAUAAAGAAUAGUGGUACUGCAGCCUCUGGAAGCACAGCAGCCAAGCCAGCCGAUGCUAGUUAUAAAAUUACCAAUAUUGUGCUCGAGUUUGAUAAGGUGACCAACGAAGAAUUAGCGAAUGCUAUGCUCUCAAGGUACUCCAGAUUGGCUCUACCGUACGAGCAUAUACUUAGGAGUAAAGUUGUCACCAUGAAAAUAUCUGACACGAAUUACAACUUGCAAAUCGACACACCGGCGAAGAGCCUUAAAGGUGUCCUACUGCUAUUUCAGGAUCCUGGAGUAUCCAAGGCAUAUGCUGGUAACAAUGAAAAAUUCUACAAUCCUAAAAUUACAUCGAUCAGUACGACCAUAGAAGGGUCUCCAAAUGAGCUCUUUUCCCACGCGAUGUUACCGAAGGACCACAUGGAGCAAGUCGCUGAACUCUUCGGAUCCCAUGAUUCCAUCGUCACCAUUGGUCAAUAUCUAACGGAGCGUUUUGCGUUGUUUCUGGACUUCCGAAGCAGUUCGGACCAUACCCUACAGGGGAGUGGGCGGCUCUUGCAAAAGUUAUCGGACGGCAUUACACUCCAUAUGACUAAGAAGGCCGACGGCACCGGUGACAUACGAUGUUACGUGUAUCUCUUAAUGGAUGCGCAAUUGAAUAUCCUCGACGAAUUUUCGAACAAAGAAAUAUUCAAUAAGAUCAAUGAAAGCGAUGAUGUUGUAGCUACUGUAGAUGACAAUUUAAAUGCAAAUGGAAAUACUGACAGUGAUGAACGAUGCUGUGUGCUGCAUGUUGGUGAUGGAUACAAAGUUGGCAAAAUAAAUCUCUUCAAUACGGAAACCCUGGGAAAGUGCAAAUCUAUCUUAGUUACACGUAAAAAUGGAAAUCUAAAGUACAAGGAUACGCAACUUCCUGAUUUUUCGCUUUGA